GCUGCCGCUCCGGAUCCCGCCGUGCCGCGUUGAGCCGAGCCGAGCUGAGCUGAGCCGCCGCGCAUGGCCCUCUGCGGGUAGCCGCUCUCCGGACAGGUGAGGCUCUGCGGGGACGCGGGGCUCCUUCCGCGGGCGGUGGGUGCGUGCAGCCGGGCUGCGGGCUCGGUUUUUUUCUUUGGCUCUUUCAUUUUUAUUCUAUAUUCUUUUUUUCCCCCCCGCGGUGCUGAUUUGGAGUUUCGCAGCUCGGCUGCUUUCGUUGUUCUUUCCCUGUGCCCCUUCCCCGAGCUUCUGAACGGGCUGACGGGUUGCGGGGUUCCGCUCCGUGGCGGUUCGGGCUCCGUGCGGGGCUCAUCCCGCUGCGGGGCGGCCGCGUUACAGCCGCUCGCGUUGCCGGGACGCCCCGGACUCGUGCCGUACCCAGCAUUGGGUCUCCGCCGUCCGCGUUGGUGCCGAGCACCGCGACUCACAGAACCGGGGGACCGUGCAUGGAGCCGUUUUGUCGCCUGACGUGGCCGAGCUGUGCCAGCGCUGCUUGGGAAGCGGAUUCCCCCUCUGCUGCUGCUCGUUUCCUCCUCCUCCAUUCCCGUUGGCUUCUCAGCCUUCCGCACGCCGACCCACCGCUGCGGGUUUGGCUGCGCACCGAGAGCCCAAACCCUGAGCUCCCCCCGUGCUGGGGAUGCUGAGGAAAGCCGGGUCGGAUGGGGACCGGGGCAACCUGAGCCGGUGGGUGGCAGCCGGCCCACAGCAGGGCCUUGGAGCUGCGGGCUGUUUGAGGUCCUUUCCCGCCCAAACCACGCCGUGCUUCGAUGGUUCUUUGUAGGUUGGGUUUUGUGAGGAGUUUGGGUGAUGCCGGGGGUGCCAGGAGUCAAAUGGCAGCGCUGUGCUACCUGAGGGUCUGCGCCCAUCCCUUGGACAGCCCUUACAAUGGAAGGGCUUUGAGGUUUCGCCUGCUUUUGAGUGCUGUGCUCCCCUGCUCUGUGCCUCGGGAGGGUUUCCCAGCCCAUAGAAGCUCCUGCGUUGGAUGGGCUGCCAGCCCACUGGGAUGUGGGCACAGGGGCCCUUUUGCACCUUCCUUCUCUAAAUGGGUUCUGGCACUGCAGUUUUUUUCCAUCGGUCUCAUUGCAAAGAGAUGCAGUCUGGCUUUUUGUACAGAACAGAACCUGCAGGCUGAUGGACACAGCAGCAUGGGAACUGCUCUCCUCCCUCCAUCCCUCCCCAGGCACUGCUAUGGGUCGGGGAUGCAUCCUGGUGUGAGGGUGCAGCUUGGGCUUGCUUUGUUUUCUGAGUUUUGCUGUUGGGAAGGGCCCGGUGGGGAUGGCAAGGAUGGCAAGUGCUGGCAGGGCUCGGUGCUGCACAUCUGUCCCUCCUGUUGCAGAGCUGCUGCUGGAGGGAAGUGAGUCCGGGAGGUGAGAGGGUCAUAGGCUCCAGUGGGAAGGGAAUUAAAAUAAAGACUUUCAAUGGCAGCUCAGCCAGCUCAUCUGCUCCGAGGAAAUAUAGUUUUUCUCUCUACAAAUCACUGCAUUUCUGUGUAUCCCGAGGUCCAGCUCAGGAAGGAGCUGCGUGUCCCCGGGGGCAGCAGAGCCCUCAGCUCCUGCAGUGCGAUGGGCCAUGGGCUGGUGUUUGCCAGCUGCAGGCAAUGUGUUCUGGGCUCAAUGCAACAAUGUGUUCUGAGCUCGGUCCUUCCCACUCCCCUCCGCACAUAUCCCGGCCAAGUGCAGCGUGCACAGCAAUGUGCAGAAUGUCAGCUGUGCACCGGGGAGAUGGAAAAUGCAUUAUGGAGCCAUAAGAAGGGGAAUAUGGAAUUUUAUAUUCUUUUUUUCCCCCUCAGGCGCUCCUCAGUCUUUGCAGAAGAGCUCUGAGUGGCCCACUGAUCCCUAACCUGGCUGCUAAUCUGUUCUCCCCCUGCUGCCUCCUUCAGGCAUAGGCUCUGCAUGUUCCUUCCAGGUGCCUUUACUGCCCUUAUCAGGUGGGAUGCAGGGAUGCUCCGCGUUGUCACGCUUGGGCCCAAUCGUGCUGCCUUUGUGUGAUGCGUGUGCACCGGGUUGGCGUCUGCCACACUGCUUUUCUGCAGGAGAGAUGAGAUGAGUGCUUUUUCCAUCUGUGAAGGGAUGUGCGAGUGCGUAUGCACGUGGUUGUGUUGGCAUUUUGGUUUGUUUGCAGUCUACCCUCACACUUCUGAUCCAGUCUGGCCAAGCAGUCUUCUUAUUAGUCACUGCAAUGGCAACCGAUGUCCAACCCAACCAGUGUCCAGCCCGAUCGCUGUCCCACCUCGUCUUUAAUAACAGAAGAAUAAAAAACAGAAUCAUAGAAUCAUUAAGGUUGGAAAGGAUCUCUAAGAUCAUCCAGUCCAGCCAUCAGCCCAACCCGCCAUGCCCACUGACCAUGUCCAUCAGUGCCACAACUCCAUGGUUCUGGAGCACCUCUGGGGACAGUGACCCCCCCCACCUCCAUGGGCAGCUGUGCCACUGCAUCACCACUCUUUCAGAGAGGAAAUUAUUCCUUAUAUCCAGCCUGAAAUCACUGCCUUCUGCUCCAAAGCCACUGGGGAAUGAUUCCCUGCAGAAGAUGGAUUGCUCGGGAAAGCAGCACGAGAGUGAUGAGCCUGCCCUGUGCCACCGUGCUGGGAGCUGUGGUGUCCCAUAGUGGUGACAGAGGGAAGAAUUCGGUCCCUCGGUGCUGCAGCGGCUGGGAGAAAAGCAUUUGGGCAGGUGGGCUGUGAGGGCUCGGGGUUGAGCCUCAUGUCUUUGUGGUUGGGGCAGGGUGUGCUGCUGGAUGUCAUCGUGGCAUCGGCUCCGGGUGUUCCCAGAGCACCGGGGGUGCCUUGGAAAGCUGAGAGUUGGAUCUAGGCUUGCUGAGGCUUGCAGGAGUCGGAGGUGGCAGGUGCCUGUACCACCAGAAGAGGAGGAUUCAGCUCCAAAAUGCGUUUCCCAAACACAUUUUCCUUGGAAGAUCCUCAUGUCAAUGUUAACGGAGACCAAGUGGCACUGAGUCUCUCGUAGAAGCUGUCCUCUCCCAAGUUAAAACUCACUCUGGCUACCAUUUAAUCAGCUUUUUUGACCAAAAAAAACUCCCCUGGUUUUAUGUUCCCCACUCUGCAAAACGAUCUGGGCAGAUGAACCACCGCCGUACUGAAACCCUGGGAGGAGCUGAGCUGGAGGUUGGCCCGGCGCCGGAGGAACAGCACAGGACAAAGUCCGGGCAGCGACGUGCAUGGGCCAGAUCCUGGAAGGAGCUGCUCUCUGCGUGGGAUGCUGUGCAAACAGCGUGUGCUGGCCGGGCCCUCGGAUAGCCUGAACACUCAGCUGGUGAUUAAACACCACUCCUGCACUACUAGGGCUGUCCUGGAAUGUUGGUGUUAAUCUGGUCUGUUUGAAGGCUUUUUGAGCUUCUGGAGCUUUGCAAGUGCCCAAAGAUCCCUCGAGGACUUUGGAAGUUUUGCACGUAACAAGGCUUGGCUGGGGAAAACAGCUCAGGGACAAGGUGCAAGGGUGGAUGCUUGAAAGUGGAGGAUAAGGUACAAGUGCCUGGGACCGGUGGAAUGGAGGCCUGAUGUAGAUGGAAAGAUGGAUGAAGAAGAAGCUCUGAACUCUAUUAUGAAGGAUUUGGCAGCAUUGGGCAAAUGUGGGGGACUGCUGGACAACAACAGGAAUAAAAACUGUGUCUACUCCAGCAAACAGCAGCGAAAUGUCAGGAUCAAGUUUGAAUAUGAAGGAGAGAAAAGGAUCAUCCAGUUUCCAAGACCAGUCAAAUUCAAAGAAGUGGUGCAGAAAGUCACGGAUGCUUUUGGACAGACGAUGGACUUAGUCUGCAUGAGCAAUGAGCUCCUGAUCCCACUGAAAUCCCAGGAAGACUUGGACAAAGCGAUGGAACAGUUGGAGCUGAGCCCUUCCCUGAAGAGCCUGCGGAUCCUUGUGAGCGCUCCAAAGAAAGCGAAUCUCCUCCAGCCAAACAACAGCAAGCAGCACGAAAUGAGGAUCUCCAGAUCCAUGGGAGAUAUCAUGGGAUCCCUGUACAAGGACUCCGAGAGGACACGAAAGUAUUCAACAGGCUCUCUGCACACUGGCCGGAGCUCUCCACCCCCAGGGAGUGUUCCUGAGGAGCAGCAGCAGAUCGCUCGCCAGGGCUCCUACACCAGUAUCAACAGCGAGGGCGAGUUCAUCCCCGAGACCAUGGAUCAAAAUAUGCUUGAAGCUUUCAUCAGCCCCGAUGGGUCGAUGUCUGGGAGCUGCCAGUCGCUGGACAGGUCUGUGGACAGCCCUCCCUUUACACAAACCCCUGUUCCUGGAAGGAAGAGUCAUCCCAAAGACGGUCUUGAUUGCAUGGAUUUUGACAUCCCAAUCUGUGAGAGGUUUGGGAAGGGGGGGACCUUCCCAAGGCAGUAUCACCUCUCCCAGAGUCGCAAGGACUACAGCGAUGGCCGGAGGACUUUCCCCAGGAGUUACUUCCCACAGGAAAACCUUUUCCAGCUCGUCCCUUCCAGCCGGACCAAGAGCUUUAAUGGGGACAGCAAGCUCAGCACCUUGCAGUAUGAAGAGUACAGGCCUAAAUGGUGGAACAAUUGUGAAAAGGGUCUGCAGGUCUUCAGCACCUCCCCUACCAAAGCUCGGAACUCCCUGCAGGCACCUGUGAACUGGAGGCUGGGGAAGCUGCUUGGAAGAGGAGCUUUUGGGGAAGUUUAUCUCUGCUAUGAUGCUGACACUGGCCGUGAGCUGUCGGUGAAGCAGGUGCCAUUUGAUCCUGACAGUCAGGAGACGAGUAAGGAGGUGAAUGCCUUAGAGUGUGAGAUUCAGCUGCUGAAGACGCUCCGUCAUGACAGGAUAGUGCAGUACUACGGGUGUCUGCGGGAUCCGGAGGAGAGGAAGCUGUCGAUCUUUGUUGAAUACAUGCCAGGGGGCUCCAUAAAGGACCAGCUAAAAGCAUACGGUGCUCUGACUGAGAACGUCACUCGGAAGUAUACCAGGCAGAUCCUGCAAGGAGUCUUCUACUUACACAGCAAUAUGAUUGUCCACCGGGACAUAAAAGGUGCCAAUAUUUUGAGAGAUUCUGCUGGAAAUGUGAAACUUGGAGAUUUUGGGGCCAGCAAACGCAUCCAGACCAUCUGCAUGUCUGGGACUGGGAUUAAAUCUGUCACAGGAACACCAUACUGGAUGAGCCCAGAGGUUAUCAGUGGAGAAGGCUAUGGAAGGAAAGCUGAUGUGUGGAGCGUGGCCUGCACCGUGGUGGAGAUGCUAACGGAGAAGCCGCCGUGGGCAGAGUUUGAAGCCAUGGCAGCUAUUUUUAAGAUCGCCACCCAGCCGACCAACCCUCAGCUCCCCGACGGCGUCUCCAGCUCCUGCCGCAACUUCCUCAAGCAGAUCUUUGUGGAGGAGAAGCGAAGGCCGACAGCUGAGGACCUGCUGAGGCACCCCUUCGUCAACUGCGGGCUCUGAGCCCCGGCUGGGAAGUACCGAUGGGAGGGGGGGUGGGUGGCUGCCAGACCUGCAGCCCUUUUGCACUCUGCGUUCAGACCUCGGCACUGGGCCGUCCUGGUGGUGGCCCCACAGGUCCCUUCUUGCUCGUCACCACCUUGGCGGCUGCUGCCUUGUUUUUGAAGCCAAGCACGGGACCGUCAGAGGCUGAGGAUGGUGGCCACCACCGGGAGUGCAGAACAAGAGAUUUCCCGGACAUUCCAUCUGUGUCAGUCUCAGAGUGAGCAACCUCCUGCCAUCAGCAGCGCUGCGGGGCGUCCCCGCUGGCUGUGUCACUUAUCUCUUGGGAAAAGUGCAUUGGAUUGCAUCUGUCCCCCUACCAGCAACCCCGGGACCAGCGGAGGAAGCAGACGCGCAGUGACCAUCACCGCUCCCCACAGAGAAACGCACCAGGCUUCUGCCAGGCUAGAGGAGAUGAUCCUCGGACUGCAGAGAUGGGGGAUCCAGGUGUCACGAGGGGGAGGGAACCCGUCUGGAGGCGGCAGCAUCUCCAGCGGUGCGGCGUUCAAUACUGACCUGUGCCUUAAGCGGUUACAAUCAAGGAGUGAUGCUUGACUCGGCACAAAGUAUGGAGUCGGGCACAAUUAUGCAGCAGCCGUGUUGACGUGUGUGUGUGUGUGUGUGUGUGUGUGUGUGUGCGUGUGUGUAUGUGUGUGUGGAGCUGCAGGAGGAGUCCCUAAAAUUAGGCAGAGAGGAGCUGCUGGGUGCCCACCACUCUGAGUGGCAUCAGCCCUGCAGGAGAAAGUUUAAACCACAGUUGGGUUCCAGUCUCUUUGACCAACACUGGUCUGCUGGAAAACCUAUGGGGGAGCAAGUACAGGGUCCCUGGAAGCCAAUGAAUGUCUCAAGUCUUGAUAGGACAAGGGGGAAUGGUUUUAAACUAAAGAGGGGAGAUUUAGAUUAGAUAUUAUGGGGGAAUUCUGCAUGAUGAGGGCGCUGAGGCCCUGGCACAGCUGCCCUGAGAGCUGUGGGUGCCCCAUCCCUGAUGAUGCUCAAGGCCUGGUCGGAUGGGGCCCUGGGCCGCCUGAUGUGCUGGGGAGGCCCAUGUCUGGGGACUGGAUGGGCUUUAAUGUCCCUUCCAACCCUUCUAUGAUUGCACGAUGCCACGACUCUAUGAAAUCUGCCCCCUUUGGAAGGCCUGGUCCCCUGGCUCAUGUGUGUAUGUACGUGUGUGAGUGUGUCUGUGUGUAUGUACACAUGUACAUGUGUACAUGCACAUGAGUGUGACUCGCUCCUCAGGUGCCUUUGCCUUUUAAUUUUUUAAAACCCUCGCAGUGUUCUGAUGUACAAACUAGGAAAAGAGAAUGUAAUAUUAUGCCAUGUAAAUUUCUUUUAUAUAUAUAUAUAUAUAUUUUAUUUCAGCCAUAGCGUGUCAGAGCUCUCCGCGCGGUGUCACCGUGUAGCGUAGAGAAACGUUUUCCUUUCGUCGGGAAAAGGCUCCAGUGUGAUAUUGUAUAUCAUCUAUACCGUGUAGCCUGUACACCUGUAUAAUUCCUUCUGUUGGGCCAGUUAUCAAUAGGCAACCACUGUACAUAGGCAGAGCUGUGUCGGGGCGUGACGGGGCCUGUGGAGCCUGGAGUGACCGCCCUGAGCAGCCGGGGCUGGUGGCUGUACCCCAAUAAUGAACCCGUGCGGCUCGGA